UGGUGGAAGAGACCCUCUGGAGUUGCUGCAGUGUGUCUGGGGCUGCUGUGUGUUCUCCUACUGGCUGGGAUCAUAGGCCUGUCUGUCUACUGUAAGUUUAGUAUGUUGUCACUGAGACUUAAGUAGCCUAAUUAAUCAUACUUAAUCAUCAAUUGUGUGGUAGUCACAUGUUUGAUUAACUUUUCCCUUUUACAGAUGGAGUCAUUGGUCAUCACGACUCAACAGAGAGAAACCAGCUACAGACCAGAUACAACAACCUGACUAAAGAGAGAGACCAGUUACAGACCAGUUACAACACCCUGACUAAAGAGAGAGACCAGCUACAGACCAGUUAUAACACCCUGACUAAAGAGAGAGACCAGCUACAGACCAGUUACAACAACCUGACUAAAGAGAGAGACCAGCUACAGACCAGUUACAACAACCUGACUAAAGAGAGAGACCAGCUACAGACCAGUUACAACAACCUGACUAAAGAGAGAGACCAGCUACAGACCAGUUACAACAACCUGUCUGAAGAGAGAGACCAGCUACAGACCAGUUACAACAACCUGUCUGAAGAGAGAGACCAGCUACAGACUGAGAGAGAGAUUCUUAACAGGAGGCUUACCAAUCUCAGUGAGUACACCUACAGUAAUACAUUGUUAUUAAUCCCACACACCUUAUCGUGUGUUUCUAUUCUUUCAUUAAGUGUUGAAGAAAAUUCACGUUUUCAUCUUGUAGAACAAACUUAUUCUGAAGGCUGGCAGAAGUUUGAAUCCAGUUGGUACUUCCUGUCUACUGAGACUCAAAUCUGGAAGGAGAGCAGAGAGGACUGUCUGGAGAGAGGAGCAGACCUGGUGAUCAUAAACAGCGAUAAGGAACAGGGGAGAGAGAGAGAGAGAGAGAGAGAGAGAGUAGAUAUGGGUGUGCAGGGGGAAGGUAUGAUCAAACAUAUGUAUCUUUCUCAACAACAGACAUUUCUCUUCAACCUCAAAAACACAGUCUGGAUUGGUCUGACUGACUCUGUUACUGAGGGGACCUGGAAAUGGGUGGACGGCAGACCACUGACCACCCCAAGGUAAAACACUACUGCUCUAAUAACACUGACCACAGUGUAAGGACUAGUACUGAUUCUCUGUGUUAUUCAUACUCUAGGUCCUCCAUACCCAACUGGCGGACCAACACUGACCACAGAGUAAGAGAUCAUAACUACUCUGACAAUAAGACUACAAUGUUCAGUUCAUUCAACCUUCAUCUAUACAGGUUAUUAUCAUUGAUGGCAGCACUCAACAACAUCGAAUUUAAACGGAAAAAUGUCUGUAUAUUAUUUAGGAUUGUGAUGUUCUAACUGUGAUAUCUGACGGUUUUUAACCCUGUAGGUACUGGUAUUAACCAUGAUAUCUGACUGUUUUUAACCCUGUAGGUACUGGUAUUAACCAUGAUAUCUGACUGUUUUUAACCCUGUAGGUACUGGUAUGACAAACAGCCUGAUAAUGCAGGUCCUACUGGGGAUGACAACUGUGCUGAGAUACACAAAGAUCAGUGUCCUCUAAAGGCAUGGAAUGACUUGUCAUGUGACAGCAAACUAAACUGGAUUUGUGAGAAAGUGGUUUAACAUCACCAUGACAACAUACUGUAACAAUACAACAGCCUACAAUGCACACAACUUCCACUUUCAUUCUCUCUCUCUCUCUCUCUCUCUCUCUCUCUCUCUCUCUCUCUCUCUCUCUCUCUCUCUCUCUCUCUCUCUCUCUCUCUCUCUCUCUCUCUCUCUCUCUCACACACAGUCUCUCUCUAUCUGAAACCCACACACACACACCCUCACACACACACACCCUCACACACACACAAGCUCGCACACACGCAUGCAAACACACCUAUUGUUGUAUUUGUCUGUAGUAUCAUAUUAAUAUUUCCUGUUUGUAGCUUCCUGUGUACCAGUAGUUAUGUUUGACACGUCGUCAGAUACAACAUGAAGUUAGUACAUUUGACUUUGUGCAACACUCUCCAUGCAGUGCAUUUAAUCAAUUCUAAUUCAAAUACAUUCUUACUUGCUACAGAUAUUUACAUGCUCCAAUGUAGGUCUGGUGCAAAAAUUCUGAACAGUACCAAAGCACCAUUACAUACACUGUAUAGGGGUUGACUGUAUCACCAAUCAAUGAGUGUAGUAGAGAUAUCAAAGAAUGUUACUUAAGUCACCACAGAGAGAGAGAGAGAGAGAGAGAGAGAGAGAGAGAGAGAGAGAGAGAGAGAGAGAGAGAGAGAGAGAGAGAGAGAGAGAGAGAGAGAGAGAGAGAGAGAGAGAGAGAGAGAGAGAGAGAGAGAGAGAGAGAGAGAGAGAGAGAGAGAGACGAGGUUAGCCUACAAUUUCAAGUAUUUUAUUAGUCCUAAACAGGUAGGAAAGUACAAUCACAAAGAUCCACUUUUAUAGACAAUAGGCCUAUACUCUCUCUCAUCACCCCUUGUAACUCCCUUCCUCCUCUUGCCCAUCUCCCAUACUUCCUAUCUCUCCCUUUCUCUCUCCAUCCAUCCUUCUCGCUCCUCCUCUUCCUCUCCCUCCAACUCCUCUUUCUCUCUCUGCUUCUGCCUCUCUCUGUCCUCUCUCCCACCCUCUUCCUAUCUCAGUUCGUUGUUCCCCUGUGGUGAAGGAGCUGCGUGUGAAGAAGGUCCUGGUGGUCCUCCUACCCUGUGACCACCCCCAUCUCUCCUCUCUCCCCUGUGUGUGGGAGCGCCCCCAGGGCUGCCACACCCUGCAGUACCACUCCCACCUGGAGGUCACCGUCUCCAAAUCUAGCCUGAGCCUCUACUCCUGCCGCUGUCCAGUCCAGGGUAUUAAUUCCUGGGGUAGCAAGCCCUGCCUAACAGCAUCCUACCAGCUGACCAUGGAGGACCCCAGUAUUGAAGGCAGGGUGAACCCGGAGGUGUGGAGGUCGCCGAUAGGGGUGUACAUCACCUGUGUCGUGCUGGGGACGCUGGUUGGAGCUUUAGGAGCCACUGUGUUCCUGAAGAGGCUGUGC